GAAAUGUCUUGGUUGACUGUUCUACACUUCACCCUCCUUUCCAUGGUUCUGGGAAUGCCUUCUUCUCUACCAGGGAAUCAAACAAGGAUUCCUCUUAAACAUUCAAACCUUGGUUUGAAAACUUCAUCCAGUCUACAUGAAAAGACAGACUCCCAGAAGAUGAAAUACUCUCCUUUCAUGAUGCAGCUCUAUCAGACCCUCAUCAUGAAGAACAUAACAGACCUUUCCAGCCUGGAACACUCCGUUCUUCAAGAUUCUGACACCAUUUUAAGCCUCUCUGCCAAAAGUUGCUCUCAACUGACAAAUCAUUGGGUGUUAUCCUUUGAUAUAUCAUCCCUCACAAACAACAAUGAAAUACAAUUGGCCGAGCUAAGGAUGCAGCUUUCUUCUACUGAGAGAAACCAUGAAGUGACUCUUGACAUCUAUCACAGUGAAGAAGGCAGAUUAAAGAUCUUUCUGGGGUCAAUGAAAGUUGACCUUAGUACUGAAAACGUAUCAACUUUAAAGACUGUCAAUGUCACCAGAAUUAUACAAUCUUAUUUCCAUCAAGAAAAACUUUAUAAUAAUCAAAAAGACAUGAAGUACAAGGGAACAUUCAAGAAUGGCCAAGGAAACAGCUGUAAAGAGGUGUCAACUGAAAGAAUUAUGUUGGUGGUCUUUUCCAAGGACACUCCUUCUAAUAACCUCCAUGGAUAUCCCAACCUCAUCCAGACAGUUGAGUCCUCUAAAUAUGUGAUGACCCCAGUGUCUGGUACUAGGAUACUUAGGAAAGGUAGAAAUGCAAUGCAUGGCAUGAUCAUGGCCAACUUUCCCACCAAACCUAUUGAAGAUGGAAGACCCUUGUGUAGAAGAGUGGACAUGAUUGUGGACUUUGAAAAGAUUGGAUGGGGAGACCAGAUAAUCUAUCCCAAGAAGUUCAAUGCAUACAGAUGUGACGGAGCCUGUCCCACCCCUCUGAGCGAGAUCUUUAAGCCAACGAAUCAUGCCUACUUUAAAAGUUUGUUGAAGUUGUACAAUCCAGACACAAUUGGUUGUUCCUCGUGUGUCCCAGUGAAGAUGAGCCCAUUAUCAAUGUUGAUGUAUGAAGAAGGAAAGGUGGUCUUGAAGCGCCAUGAAGAUAUGAUUGUUGAAGAAUGUGGAUGUCAUUGA